GGUCCAUCUCAGCCACGUCAGACUCAUUAUCAAACAGAAUCUUCUGCAAAGUCUACAAAGAUAUCUAGAGCGUGGGAGUUGCUCUCGUGGGUGGAGGAAGCGCUGCGCGUUCAUCUGGUGCCGAGGCAUCCCGUAUGUGCGCAACACGUAAACAACAUCGGCUACGGCGGCCGCGGAUCACAUGGGAAGCAUUGUUGUGGCAGGAAGCAGUGUGAUGAGGUGCAAGUCUCGCGGUGUGAGGGUAGGACCACCACAGUGACAGUGUGUCGCGGCGUGCUUUGUAAGCAGUGGCUGUCUAUUAGUUUAAACAGGGAUAUCACCAAGUGCGUGAAGUGUGCUGGAGAUAGCAACAAAUUGGCAACAAGGGAAAACUGGAUGAGGGUAAAUUGAGCCAGAUAAACAUUUAAAGGGAACUGCAUCUGUCAUGCCUUCCGCCAAUGUUGCUGCAGUAUUUACACCUAGGAGCUGCAGAUGGAAGACUCUGGGUCACACGUUGCACCAUAGGACAUUAUGCAGUGUGAAGGGCGGCCGGCGGCGAGGUGCUGACCCAUCAACACAUUACUCUGCCACAGUUCAGCUGCCUCGCACCAGCCUUCCCUUUAGGGUGUCAGCAGCUAAUCGAGCACAGCUGGAAGCUUCUGUACAACAGGCCGCUGGUUUUGAGUCCCUCUAUGCAUGGCAGCGGGGACAGAAUCGAGAAAAAGAGUUUGUGCUGCAUGAUGGACCACCCUAUGCAAAUGGUCGUCCUCACAUUGGCCAUGCUGUCAACAAGAUCCUGAAAGACAUCACCCUACGACAGAAGUUGCUGCAGGGUUACAAGGUCCACUACAUCCCAGGCUGGGACUGCCAUGGUCUGCCUAUUGAAUUGAAGGCUACUCAGGUAGACAAGAAAAAGAAGACCCCAGCAAAUCAGCUGUCAUCUUACAGUGAUCCUUUGGAGAUCAGAAAUAAUGCACAAAGGUUUGCAAAGGAGGCUUUGGAGAUUCAGCGUUCAGUGUUCCAGCGCUGGGGUUUGCUGGCUGACUGGAGUGAGGUGUAUCGCACUCUAGAUCCCCAAUAUGUCACCCGCCAGCUGCAUCUCUUCAUCGACCUCUAUGAGAAAGGAUUCAUUUAUCAGGACUACAAGCCAGUAUACUUUUCCCCCAAUCUUGGGACAUCCCUGGCUGAAGCAGAGCUUGAGUACGAGCCUCAACAUGUGAGCCCCUCAGUGUUCCUUGCCCUGCCUGUCACAUCAGCCCUGCCUGCCACUUUGGAUAGAUUGCCCAGUGCUGCUCAAUCUCAGCUAUAUCUACCCAUCUGGACCACCACUCCUUGGACCUUGCCCCUCAACCAGGCCAUCUGCUUUGCUCCAGAUAAGUCAUACCUCCUGGUAUGGGUAUAUUGGAAGAAUCGAAGGCUGGCAUUAGUCUGGAGUGAAGAGUUGUUGCAUGAACUAGAGAGGAUAGUUGGAAAAGACCAAGUUACUGUCAUGUGUCACAUUGAAGAGCAGGAGCUGGCUGCUCUGAGGUACCAAGCACCUUUGGAUCACCGUGAGUGUCCCUGUUUGCCAGCCAGUCAUGUCACAAUGGUCAAGGGCACUGGUUUGGUACACACAGCCCCAGCCCAUGGCCAUGAAGAUUUCCUAAUGGCCUUGCAAUAUAAACUACCUGUGGAGUGCCAAGUGGAUGAACAAGGCAAAUUUAUGGAUGGGGUGAUGACAGAACUCAGGGGACUCAAGGUAUUGGAGGAAGGCAACCACUCUGUUCUGCAACUUUUGACUAAUACUGGAGGGCCCAGAGGAUCCUUGCUGCUCAAAGAGGAGUUGUACACACAUUCAUAUCCCUACGAUUGGCGUACACGGAAACCUGUCAUCAUCCGGGCCACCAAGCAGUGGUUCAUUGACACUCAUCGCAUCAAAGAGGCUGCCUUGGCUGCCCUGGAGAAAGUUGAAAUACUUCCUCAGCGGCUGGAGGCAGGGAUGAUCCGUCAGCUCAAAAAUCGCCCCUAUUGGUGCAUCUCUCGUCAGCGUGUGUGGGGAACACCAAUCCCCGUAUUUUAUGAUCCUGACACUAACCAGCCUAUUGUAGACAGGAAUAUCAUUCAGCAUGUGGCCAAGGUGCUGGAGGAGGAAGGGAGUGAUAGCUGGUGGAGUAAGGGAGAGAAUGACUUACUUCCUCCAGCACUGAUAGAGAAACUGCAAAAGAAUGGCAAACCUCUACCCAAGAAAGGAUCAGACAUUCUAGACAUCUGGUUUGAUUCUGGUUCAUCAUGGCACUGUGUCUUGGGAGCACCCAAAGCUGAUCUCUACUUGGAAGGAGUGGACCAGUUCAAUGGAUGGUUCCUUUCAUCUCUGCUCACAUCUGUAGCAGCCACUGGGAAGGCUCCAUACAGGAUGAUAUAUGUACAUGGGUUUGCCCUGGAUGAGCAUGGACGCAAGAUGAGCAAGUCUCUGGGUAAUGUGGUGGAUCCGCAGGAGGUGACUGAUGGAGGAAGGGAUUCCUCCAGAAACCCUGCCUAUGGGGCUGAUGUACUGAGGUGGUGGGUUGGAAGCCAUGCAGCAGACCACUCCACCAUGAGCAUUGGGCAGCAGCAUCUUGAACAGGGACGGGACAGUGUUCAGAAGAUACGUGCUGUGCUCAGGUUCUUGCUUGGUUCCGUCAGGGAUUACCAACCCUGUCAACACAGCCUCCCUGUCCAGGACUUGCGACCCAUCGAUCGUUACAUGCUGCAUCUCCUUCAUGGCCAUAUACAAAAAAUUUGGUUGCACUACAACAACUUCCAUUACAACUGGGUGACCAAGGCCUCUCUCACAUUCAUCAAUACCACACUCUCAGGCUUGUACAUCUCUUCCAUCCGUGACAGACUGUACUGUGAUGCUCGUCUGGGUAGCAGGCGUAUGUCAGCCCUGUUGGUCCUCCAUCACCUACUACACCAACUGUUACUUUCUUUGGCCCCCAUCCUUCCCCACCUGGCAGAAGAAGUGGCACAGCACCUCACCGAUAACAAAGACUGGCGUGUGUUUCAUCAAGUAAUUACAGAGCUGCCCUCAUCAUGGCAUCAACCACAGCUUGCCAGUGCAUUUGAGCAGUGUCUCACUGUACGUGAAGGACUUUUUAAGUCCUCCCCUGCUUCAGAUUGGUCUAAGCUACAAGUCCACAUUACAGCUGAGGAGAGCCUAAUGGAGAACCUGAGGAUGCUGCAGACUAGUCACACAUCUUCCCACUCUGGUCUUUGCGAAUUGUUGCAAGUGUCUCAUGUCACACUUGAAACUGACCAAGACCAGAAAGAUGGCUUUUCCUUAAGACUUUCAAAGGCACAAGGUGGCAAAUGUCUAAGAUGUCGGCGUUAUACAACAGAAGGAGGAGCAGAGUUGUGUGCCCGUUGUUUGGAGGUCAUCUCUUCACAUGAAUAAGGAAUGGAGCUUACUAAUGCAGUACUAGUUUACUCAGGUUAAAAAUUAUGUCAGAAUUUCUUCACCAAAUGAUGUACUGCUGGUUUUCUGUGUCUGGAGUCAUCCCAGGUAAAACAUUGCAUUUUCCACUAUGGGUAGAAGAGGCAGAUGUAUGCAGAAAGAGUUGACAUGAAAGUUUGUGUGUGUGUGUGUAUAUGCCAAGUUGUGACAUACAAGAAAAGAGUUAUAAUCAUACUGCCCAAUCUUCAUAUCAACUUACAUGCAACUUUAAUUCCUUAAAGUCAUGAAUACUUCUUGCAUGGACUUCUAUGGGGGAAAGCUAUGCUUCUUGAUGUGUCUGCUACAAGCUUUCUUCUGUGUUCCCUCUUGAUCAUGUUCCACAUACACACAGGUUCUAUUUAAUUGUUCCACUUGCUUCAUUAUUCUGAACACUGCAGUAAGUUUCCUCUCUCCCUUUUCAGUUCUAAGGUGUAGAGUUCUAUCUGAAACAAUCUCUCUUCAUAUGAUGUCUCUCAAAAUAGUUACUGGUUUGGUUGCUGCUCCCUGGAUGCUUUCCAUUUUCCUCAUACAUUGGGCUGUCUUGACUACCACUUUUGUAUCCAGCAAUUUCAAAUCUAUCAGUAUGAUAGAAACAAUCCUGAGUUUUACAAUUAGUGAAAGAAGUUGCAGAACUAAUUAUUUAUUGUGACUGUGGCUGAAAAUAAUGCCUUACACUUCUCAGUCUAUCUGGCAACAAGCUGCUGGCCAGCUGCCACAUACAUAUAUGUCAUCAUUGUUCUGCAUAAAAUUGGUUGACCUA